GCAACAGCGACUAAUUCAGAGACGCCGGUUGCUCAGCGUAUGGAACAACUACGCUUGACUGCCGGCGAUGAAGCCGAAAUGGCAGCAGCUGGUAUGUCAGAGAAGGAAAAGUCUUUGCGCAAAGAAGGUAAACGAAAGGGUGGCUUGACCAAAGAACAGCGCGCUGAACUUCAUGCGUACGAGCAAGAACGUCUCAAGAUCCGCGAAGAACGCAUCACUGCGCUUGAAAAGAAGCUCAUUGAGCGCAUCUCUGUGUGGACCGAAUCAGAACGCUCACCAGAAACGACAUCAGCAUUCCAGAUGAAAUGCAAGUAUGAAGCGGAAAAUCUGAAGAUGGAGUCGUUUGGAGUAGAAUUGCUGCAUGCCAUUGGCGGCGUUUAUGUUCAAAAAGCUGAGCUGGCCCUCAAGUCGCAAAAGUUCAUGGGCUCCUUCUUUGGCAAGAUGAAGGAGAAGGGUGGGAUCGUCAAGGACACGUGGAACACGCUCUCCGUUGCAGUUGAUGCACAAAUGACUGCUGAACGUGUUGCUCGGAUGGAGGAGAAGGGUGGUGAUGAGUGGAAUGAAGAAAUCAAACGAGAGAUGGAGGAAGAGAUGACUGGCAAAGUGCUUGCAGCGUCCUGGGCGGGUACCAAGUAUGAGAUUGGUGGUGUACUCAGGGAAGUUUGUGAUCGCGUCCUGGCAAAGACGCUGCCUAAAGAGAAGCGUAUUCAGCGUGCACAAGCGAUGAUCAUCAUGGGCAACGUCUUUCUUGGUGUCCAACCAGAAGAAGGCGACGAGGGCCGUGUCUUUGAGACACUUGUCGCGAAUGCGCACAAGAAAAAGCACAAGAAGAAAGAAACCAAGCCCAAGCCGGCGACGACGGUGCCUGCAGAGAAGACUGUCUAGCCCUGAUGCAUAAUGAAGAUUAGUCAAACGUCUAAAUUGAAGAUGCUGUCGCUUUCGACAUGGAAGA